UCGGCCGGGUAUCCCGGAAUCGUGAGAUCGCUCACACGACGGCACCGCGUCGACUCUUCCAGUACACGUCGGGCACGUCGCACUUUGUCGUUAACGAUCAGGAACAUCUUUGUGUUGCCCUCGAAAGUGUGUUCUUGACAAGAUACCUGGGUUCGUAGAGCUUUCGAUCUGUGGUUAUAUUAUUUUUGCGCGAAAUCUCGUAUUAGUUUUAUUUUUUAAUUGGGGGCCGCAGCUGGAAAGGAGGGAGCCCCGGGUCUUCGACGCUGCGUUUCGUAAUCUACGACAUAUCGACUCGGUGGUCGUUGGCAGCCUUGCGGAAGCGUUGUCCUCUACGGGACGCUUUACGAACGACAAUAUCGACAUCGAUCAACUCGCUACUCGACGAAAGCUGUUUUGUCUAUCUUUGUUCGCCACCUUACGUGUGGGAUUCUCCGAGCGCCUUCAGUAAACGCCGAUAGAAGACUGCUGUGCCGCAGACAUCCGUAACCGGUUGGCGACGGUUGUGAUGGUUUGCGUUCAACUUACCUCCUGGAGCGAUAGACGACUUGGAGGCUGCGCUCGUGCUGAGGUUACGACCCUCGAAGACCCCAACUAGCCGCUGCGGGAGAUUGGCUGGCCGUACUUGCGAAACUCGCAAGUCAGCGGACAGCGGAAUGGAGGGCAUCGGCGCGGCGGUGUCAAGAAAGUACGCCUGGGCCAUCGGAGCUUUGUGUGUCAUUGGAAUGAUGCUGAUUGGACAGUCAACAGUGCAAGGUGCUAAGGGAGUCACUAUUCUGGACUGCAUCAGACAGGAGAUCCCGGCAACGGUUUCUCCAAAGUUCCAAGAGUGCGUGGACAACGUAACCAUUGGGAGCUUCUACAAAUUCAUGACCGGUUUGCAAUGCAUCCUGAGGCUCGCGAAUGCAAUCCGACCGGAUCGCUUUGUCGACACCGCGCUGCUGUUCUCGGCGGUGGGGGACUUCAAGGGUACCCGGUUCGAGCUUGCAGUCGACAAGUGCGCCUCGCCGCCCAUGCUGGCGAUCAAGUUCACUACCUGCCUUUUCACUCGGUUUCAGGAGAUUUGCAAAACGAGAGUGAAGAAACCAGGAUAGUCAUUCCCGAAGAUUGAGGACGACGCGGCAGGCCACCCGACAUUUCGUGAACAGUGGAGGCACGCGGACGGCAGCCCCACGAGCACGUGACUCAGCACCAAAGACACCUCGCGACGUUGAAGCGUGCGACGUGGUUGUCGCAUCACUACACGGCAUCACUAUGUUUGUUC